GCUGUUUGGAAAACUGAUUGCUAAGAUUUCUUUUCAAAGCCGAAAGAUCGACUCCACAGAUCCUUUUCCGACUUCGUUUUUACACGAAUAAUUUUGUACUAGUAACUAUCUUUUCACCCCCCACAAAAAUCAGCCAUACUAAGGACAUUGCAGCCAAAGGUCAACGCGAAUAACCACUAUCGACACUUAAUUUGUUUCAGGAUGUUGUUCACCAGUAUAAGAGAAACGCUGUCCAAGUUUGUGCAGUCUCCUUUCGGUGUGGUCAAGGCCGAAGAAGAACUGGUUGACCCAGCCAAGGUCUUGAGGGCAAAGUGCGAACAAGAAAAAGAAGCGCAAGCACGGUUUGCCAAAUUGCAAGAGUGUAACACUCGAGUAACCUCUAGAAAAGAAACAGCUGAAACCUGUGUUGAAGAGUUCUGGGAUUUCCUAGAAGUCGUCGAUAAAUGCAUUGCAAAAGACCUGUUCGAUCAUCUCAAGUGAACAAUGUGUAAUUUUAUGGUGUUGCAGUUUGACAGCCAUUUAGCCUUAGGUAUUUUAUGUAUGGUAUAAUCCAUUCUGUAAACAAAGUUAUAAUAUUACAAUUAUUUCUUGUUUUUAUUUCGAUUUUCCAAUAAAAUUUGAGUUGAUUUAAAA